AUAUUAAUAUGUUAGUGGCACUAUAUAAUAAACAUAAAGUAUUCAUACAUACAUCCUUUGCUAUCUUCCACCAUCCAAUUCAAGAUGGAAAGAAACUUUUUCUUAGUGUUUGUGAUACUUCUGAGCUUCUCCUAUGUUCUCCAUGUCUCUUCUAUUCCUACAACAAGAACCAAAAAUUUGAAUUUUGUAGAUACAUCAGUUUUUCCAUCUUUACCUCAGGAAAAUGGUUUCAUGGAGUUGGAAAAUGGUGAGAAAAUGAAGGAAGAAAGAUUGAUGGGAAGAAGGGUAGAUUUGGAACUUCAUGAUUAUGAAGGGCCAGGUGCUAAUAAAGAACAUGAUCCAAAGUCUCCAGGUGGAAAUGGUUGAUGUGAAAAUAUAUAGAUUAAAUUAUUAGUCAUAUCCUAAUUAAACUUUAGAGAAAAUAUGAAAAAUGUGUGAUAAUGUUUUCUUAGAAUUAAUCAUGUAUGUGUGGUUUUUUGUUUUGUUGGUUUUCUAUACAUAUAAUUUGAAUUGUAAUAUCAAAUAAGGUAGCAAAAAGGAGAGGUUUAAGUUAUAUUUAUAUUAGUGUGUUGGUUGUAAUUUGUAAAACUAAGUUUUAAUUAGAACAACAAUGAAGAAGCACUUGGAAAUUU